AUGGCUCCUCCAUCACGCAAGAACAAGUCCAGCUUCUGGCCCAACUUCAUCUACGAUGCCUGGCUGUGGACCUUCUCCAUCCUUGUCGACCUCUUCUUCCGUGAAGUGCACCCUCGCAGUUCCUGGAAGGUCCCUCGCAAUGGCCCCGUCAUCAUCGUCGCCGCUCCACACGCCAAUCAAUUUGUCGACCCUCUGAUCUUGAUGCGUGUCCUGCGGAGGGAAGCUCAACGCCGCAUCUGUUUUCUGAUCGCCGAAAAGUCUAUGAAGAGGAGGUUUAUUGGUUGGGGUGCCAGAAUGGUUGGCUCCGUGCCUGUUGGCCGUGCCUUGGACCUGAAGAAGCCCGCCGAAGGAAAGAUACACCUGCCCGACCCUGAGGGCGAUCCGACAUUGCUCAAGGGCGUUGGCACACACUUCGACAACAAGGACGUCUUCAUGGUUGGAGGAGUUCUUGCAUUGCCGAGCUUCGGCAACAAGUUUGCAAACACUGAGAUCAAGGAGAUUCUGGGACCCAACGAGAUUCGUCUCAAGAAGCCCUUCAGCGGUAAUGUUGCCUUGCGUCAACUGACCGGUCAGGCCGUCAAGGACGAAAAGGCCGAGCCAAAGUUGACUCAAGGCUUCGAAGGUACAAAGUUUGAAGUUGCUCCUCAUGUCGAUCAGGGUGAAGUCUACUCUUCCGUCUUCCAGAAGCUGCAUGAGGGUGGCUGCAUUGUAGCUGGUGUGGCCAUCAUGGCUCUUGGUGCGCUCGCCGAAGACCCCAACUGUGGCGUCAAGAUCGUUCCUUGCGGUAUGAAUUACUUCCACGCUCACAAAUUUCGUUCGAGAGCGGUCGUCGAGUUUGGCACUCCUGUCGAAAUCCCAAAUGAACUGGUCGAGAUGUACAAGAAUGGUCAAAAGCGUGAAGCUGUUGGUCAAGUCUUGGAAACCGUCUAUCAAGCUCUCGUCUCUGUCACAGUCACAAGCCCUGACUAUGACACUCUUAUGGGCAAGAAGCUUCCUCUGCCCAUGAUUGUCGAACUGAACAGGCGUCUCGUCAAAGGGUACACUACUUACAAGGACGAUCCUCGCAUCGUCAACCUGAAGAAAUCCAUCCUGGCAUACAACAAGGAGCUGAUGAUGCUCAACAUCCGUGACCACCAAGUCAGCUACGCCAAGUUCUCCAUCUUCAAGGUCAUCCUCACACUCUUCUACCGCCUCGGUAAACUGCUUGUGCUGGCCAUUGCAGUCCUUCCAGGCCUAGUCCUUUUCGCUCCUGUUUUCAUCACUGGAAAGGUGUACUCAGUCAAAAAGUCUCGUGAAGCCCUGGCAGCAUCGACAGUCAAGAUUCAAGGUCGCGACGUGAUGGCCACUUGGAAGUUACUCGUCUCUAUGGUUGUCGCACCCCUUCUCUACAACUUCUACAACAUCAUCUUGGCCAUCUGGACUCACUACAAUCGUAUUGGAGGCCGUGUGCCGCAAUGGGUUNNCCCCCUGUGGGCUGUCUUUGCUUUUGGUUAUAUCCUGUUCCCAGCUAUAACUUUUGCCGCUCUCAGAUUCGGCGAAGUUGGCAUGGAUAUCGUCAAGUCAUUGCGUCCGCUGAUUCUCUCUCUGGGACCAUCAUCCGGCAACACGCUAGUCAAGCUAAGAGCUAAGCGUGCCUCGCUGGUCGAACAAGUAACAGAAGUGAUCAACGAGCUUGGUCCUGAGCUAUAUCCCGACUUCGACCACCAGCGCAUCGUUUCUGACCCCAGCCAUCCACUUUCNCCCUCAUACUCACAAUCACACACACCCCGCUCCCGCCGAAGUUCCGGAUACGACCGCAUGUCCAUGACUUCUCCUGAUCUAACGCAUUACUUCAGUCGUACCGGGACCGCGGGCGCCAGCAUUGGCGGCGGCAGCGGACAAAACACCACUCAUCUUCCUCGCAACGAGUCUUUUGGCAACAUUGGCGGCUUUGGCUUCUUCUCAUCGCGACCGCACACGCCCAAUCGCUCGCGCAGCCGUAACCGCAGCCGCACGAGCAGUGACGGUGGCUUUGGUAUCACUGCCAUGAAGCCAAUGACCACCAUUGAUUCCAAGGGUGGCUAUGAGACGGUCACUGAGAAGAUUAGAGAUGCGAUGAAGCAGCGAGGCCGUCGGAGGAGGAGUGAAGAUGCCUCGACGGCAGCUGUCGAUGGAUGGGAGAUGGCCGAUGCCGACGAAGAAGUUGAGGAUGAUGAGGAUAAGAAGCAGGUCUGA